GUGAUCCCUGCAAAUCAGGACGGUCCAUCCGUCCCGGUCCCAUCACCUCCCCUCCUAUAUAUACCCCCUUCCUACCCUCCUCUCGUUACCAUAUACCAUCACCACAACCUGAUUUAAGCCAUCGAUCGAUCACCGAUGUCGGAGGAGAAGCACCACCACCACCACCACUUCCACCACGACAAGGAGGAAAAGCCCGUGGAGUACUCGGAGACGGCCUACUCCACCGGAAGCGGCUACGGCGAAGGCGGCUACGGCGGCGAAGGCGGGUACGGCGCCGGGUACGGCGCCGGGUACGGCGGCCAAGGCGGGUACAACGCCGGCUACGCCCAGACAACGGAGGUGGUCUCGGAGUCCAACGAGGGGAGGUACGAGGAUUAUGAGAAGGAGGAGAAGCACCACAAGCAGAAGGAGCAUCUCGGCGAGAUGGGCGCGAUAGCCGCCGGCGCCUUUGGUCUGUAUGAGAAGCAUGAGGCCAAGAAGGAUCCGGAGCAUGCACACAGGCAUAAGAUAGAGGAGGAGGUGGCUGCGGCCGUGGCGGUGGGCAGCGGAGGGUAUGCCUUCCAUGAGCACCAUGAGAAGAAGGAAGCCAAGGAGGAAGCUGAGGAAUCUCAUGGGAAGAAGCAUCAUCACCUCUUCUAGAGUGGAUGGAACUUUCCUUUCCCCAUAUCUAUAUAUCUUCCCUUUCUGUUUCUAUAUUAUGUAAGCGUGACAUGGUUUGACAUGGUGUUUAGGGUGAUGUAUUUGGGUCUGACAGCCUGACACCCAAAUAAGUGCCGGUUUGUUCUGGCCUUGUGAUGUUGGCUCUAUAUAUUUUGGUGGUGUGAAGAUUUCCUUUCCUUUCCAAAGUUUCUUGCGUUCAAACUGAGGCGGUGCUUUGUUUUAGUACUGAUGCAACUAAAGUAUAAAAUGUAACGACACCAUGGCCUCACUAUUUGCAGA